AUGGCUGAAGUCAACACGACUGGUUCUCCCGUAGUUGAUUUUGCGGACGGAAACGCUACGGUUGCGGUUAAUGCCACCAUGUUGGCAGAAACCGUGGCCAUGAGCAGCCUUGUCGUUUUACUGACCGUUUUCGGCAUCCCCGGGAAUGCGGUCAUUGUCAUCUCCAUGGUGAUAAACCCGAAGCUUCAGACCGUGGCCAACGUUUUCGUGCUGAACAUUGCGGCGGCGGAUCUGUCGGUGAUCCUGCUUCUGUUGUGCUGUGUGCCAGCUCUAGGGUACGGACACUGGCCGACAGCCUUAGGUUCUGUGGGCUGCAGUAUAUACGGGUUCCUGUUCACAGCCUGCUGUAUCGCCUCUACCUACAGCCUGGCAGCCACCGCGCUGAACAGAUGGUGCCUCAUCGUUUACCCAUCCAGAUACCACAAGACAUUCACCAUGCGAAGAAGUGUGGCCAUCCUGGCAGGACUGUGGGUACUGGCUGUAGUACUUUCCAUUCCUCUAGUGGCUGGUUGGGGUGCCAUCAAGUACAAGCCUGAGAUCUUCAUGUGCACGUUUGACUCCAAGGGCGCCGUCCCGUACACCAUCUUCAUCGUGGUGGCCGGUACCAUCAUCCCGCUCGCCGUCACCGCCAAGUGCUACAUCCAGCUGUUCUGGACAGCCGACAAGCAGCGUCUCGGCAAGAAGCUGCUUGCCGCUCUGAUCGUCUUCGUGACCUGCUGGGGACCGUACGCGGUCGGUAUGCUGGUGGCGACGUACCGGCACGUGGAGGGGUGGGUCCACGUGGUCACGGUGUGGCUGGCGCUGGUCGAGAGCGGGCUGAACGCCGUCAUCUACGGGUUCAUGAACUCGCAGCUUCAAGCCGCGUACAAGGAGAUGUUCACAAGGUGGAAAGCCAUUAGAAAAGAGAAGGCCUCGAGUCCUGAACCUACUCCUGUGUGA